AUGCAGUCUUUCUCCGCCCCUGAGCCGGUAGAAGAAAGCUCCUAUGCACGUAUGAAGCGCGUUGUAAAUAUGGACAAUUCCGAAGUCCGCAAUAGUGUUUACACUGUACAGCGCGCUCAAGAAAAAUCAAAAUUUUCAUCUUUUCUUCCAAUUAUUGGUCUAGCAAUAUUUGCAAUUUUCUACAUGGUCCCAAUGUUCCCGACCCAUCCAAUUGCUCACACAUGCUUUGCUAUUCUUAUUUUCGCGGCAUAUUGCUGGGGAACAGAGUUUAUUCCAUCUUAUGCAACAGCUUACAUAGUAUGUCUUCUUUGUGUUUGGCUUCGUGUUGGAUACAGUGAAUCAAAAGGAGAUAGAAUCGAUGCAACUACAUUAGCGACACAAUUUGCUGCUAAAUUUAUGGAGCCAAUCAUUCUUGUUUUCCUUGGAUCUCUUACGAUGAGUGCAGCUCUUACAAAACUUUCAAUUACAGAUCGUGUUUCAACAUUCUUACUUUCACACAUUUCUCCAAAGCCAAAGAUUGUUUUAAUCGCAAUCAUGUUCCUCAACUACUUCAUCGCUGCCUUCCUUUCUAACGUUGCUUCAACAACAUUAGUUUUAACAUUUUCACUCCCAAUCAUUCGUUCUCUCGACCCAUCUGAUGAAUUCAUCAAGGCCUUACUUCUCGGUGUUGCAUGGAGUGGCAACGUCGGCGGUAUGUGCACUACAAUUUCUUCACCUCAAAAUAUCAUCGCUAUUAAGUAUAUCAACGACAGUGGUGCUACAUCUAUUUCUUUCUUACAAUGGGUAGCUUUCGCCAUACCAGGAUCUAUCCUAUUCCUUCUUUGCCUAUGGUUAUAUCUUGUUAUUUUAUUUAAGCCAACAUCCAACGAAUUAAGGCUUUCUACAGAAGUUGAAUUCUCUCCAUGGACAUGGAAGCAUACAUUCGCCUGCUUUAUCACCCUCCUUACCAUUGUAUUAUGGGUUCUUGAAGAUACUCUUUCUUUCUUCCUCGGCCAUGUCGGUAUUACAUCACUUAUCCCAGUUAUUGCCUUCUUCUGCACAGGAAUCCUCAAUUCCGAGGACUUCGGCGCUCUCAGAUGGUCAACAUUAGUUUUGAUGGGCGGAGGUCUCGCUUUAGGAGAAGCAAUGAAGAUUUCCGGACUCUUAGACCUAUUCGCCGACAUGAUUGCCGCACAUCUCCACAACCUCUCUGUUUAUGUUGUUCUUUUAGUCCUCUUAGUCAUUGAAGCCAUUUUGACAUCAGUUAUCAACCACACAUCAGCUGCAGCCAUUCUUUUCCCUGUUAUCCAAGUAAUUGGCGACAAACUCAAUGCAACAACAUCACUUCUUACUUGCUGCGCUCUCAUGGUUUCUGGCUCUCAGCUCUUCCACAUCUCUUCUUUCCCCAAUGCUUUGAUUUCUGGUGUUCAAAAGCAUCAGAGAAUGGAUCCAACAAAGUUAACUUCGGAAUCAUUCCUCGGAGGAAAGGAGUUCUUCAUGUACGGAUGGCCAACAGAGAUAAUAAUCAUAGUUAUCAUUAUCGCUGUAUCAAAGAGCCUUGUUAUGGCACUCAAGCUCAAAUAA